GCUAGGCUUACUAUAUCGAGGACUGUACUUUUGAAAAAGCAUUAAAAUUACAUGCUUUACAAUAUUAAAAGCAUUUAUAUAUUCCGGUAUAAUUCAUAAACUGUAAUAUACUAAACAAAACGUUAUUGAUAGCAAAACAAUGAUUGGAUAUAUCACAGCGUUGUAUGCUUUGGCCGCCGCAACAUUAGUCGCUGCUGGCCAAAACGAACUCGUGCAAUGCACCCCGGGUGAAUAUAAGAUCAUCGGAAAGGCCGACUGUACCGGCUACUACUUGUGUGUGUUCGGGAAUCCCGUUGAGAUGCCACCUUGUCCUCCUGGCUCUGUGUUCAGCUCCAGCUCUAACGUUUGUGUUCCUAAAAGUUCUAUUUACGAUGACUGCAAGAAAACAACCGAUGGAAGCGGCAGCCACAUAACCGAAUCGCCAGAUCAAGGGCACCUUAGUCCAGUGGAACGAUGUAACAGGGACGGUAAUGGCGUGUUCCACCACCCAACCGAAUGCCAAGCCUUCUACAACUGUAGUGUCCGUUACACUCCAGAGAUUCCCCGAUUCUUUGAACAACACCUUGUUGAAUGUCCCUACCCUCAGCUGUUCAACAAAGAGACCAAACAAUGUGACCAUUUUGAGAAUGUCAAAUGUGGAACCAGGACGGAAUUCAAGGAUGGGUGUCAAUACAAAAGCAAUAUGUGCGGCGGUUCCCAUUGUAUUCCUUGUAACGUCCGCCUACCAAGCUGUGAAGGUAAACGUGACGGAAUUAACGUCCACCCAGUCAAACUAUGGACCCCAUUCUACGUCGUUUGUUACAAGGAGCGCACAGUCAAGGAAGACCGAUGCAAAGUUGACGAAAACGGCCGAACACAGUUGUUCCAUCCGGAAAAGAACGAAUGCGUUUCAUUGGAUAUGAUUCCUCGAGAACACGGCGGGAUGAUGCCCGAGUGCGGUACGAAAGUAGACGGAUUUUAUCUGGACGAUUUCGGACGAUGUGAUCGUUACGUUCAUUGUCAGGGAGGGAAAUACAUUGGCACGAUUAAAUGUGCUGUUGGAGAAGCGUUCGAUGACACGAAAGGCGGAUGCGUUCCGGAAGAAAAAGCAUGUGGACCCUGUGGGAAACUCGACCAUUGCUAAACAAGUUGCUUGUAUGAUGGUGAAAACGAUAUAAAGAAAGACGAAGUCAGGAAUCGCCAAGACCAUCAUUAGCUGUGAUUUUCAUUAAGGACGUGAUCACGUUACGUAAGGUCUCGUGAUAACAUUUGCUAAAUUGAACGUGAUAUUUUAACAGAUUGUUCCAAUGAGCCUUCUAAAAAUCUGCCAAAUUUUGAGCAUUCAUUUUAGUUUCAUUUUUAUGAGAAAAUGUUUAUUUCCCGACGUUUAUGUAUAUUUCGUCAUGUAAAAUGUUUGUUUUAUAAGUUUGCCCGAAUGUAUCAAUCAUUGAAAGUGUGCCUCUUUAACUCUGUGAUAUUUAUAUUAGUUCGGAUAUAAUCUUAAAUAAUACCUUAUCUAUCAAUGUAUGCAGCAUGGACAGUGAUUCAAGUAAAGUGAAACGUUAGCUGACAUUUAUCAGAUGGUGUGAAAAUCAGAACAGAAUAAGAUAUUUAAAACACUAUAUAUUUUAAUACGAUGCAUAAUAAAAACAUGAAAUAUGAAACAUUAUUUGAAAACAGAUUGUGUAAAAUCGUUAUACUAUCAAUGAUUUUGCUAUGUGCAGUGAAUUUGAAAUCCAUUUAUUUUAUUUUUAAUAAA